CAGGCGGAUAAGAGAGGUGAAGCAUCGCAGGAGGUGUCAGGCUCACCAUGCCAGACGGCCAGCUGCCGUGUCUCUGCGCCUCAGACCCGGCGAACACCCGUCUCUCAUGUUCGUGCUCAGAGGCGCACUAAGCGGACCAUGCGGCUGUUCACUGUCUCAACUUUGCUCCUGUGCUUCUUCUCUUCAGGGCUGGCUCUGCAGAUUCAGUGUUACCAGUGUGAGGAGAUGACACAUGACUGCUCCACGCCAGAGUUCAUCGUCAACUGCACCGUGAAUGUGCAGGACAUGUGCCAGAAGGAGGUUCUGGUGAAGGAUGAUGGGAUACACUACCGCAAGUCCUGUGCCUCAUCAGGAGCCUGUCUUAUCGCUUCUUCUGGUUACCAGCAGUUCUGCACCGGCAAGCUCAACUCAGUGUGCAUCACCUGCUGCAACACACCACUGUGCAAUGGACCACGCCAGAAGAAACGACCCCAAUCGUCCGCUGCCGUUACCCUAGCCGAGCCGCAGCACCCUGUGUUUUCGCUCUACAUCCUCCUCCUACUGUCCUCCACCCUGUGCUGACAGACUUUUCACACACUGGGUUAAGUUGUGCAUUAAAAAUGUUCUAAUACUGACGGUGGAGACAACAUGAGCUGGAACUGUAUUAAGUGAGGCAGUGAAGAAUACAUGCUAUGAAAUGUUUAUUCUUUAAGUAUUUCUUCUCCUGACUCUUUGGCUUUCUCUUGCGGCUUGCCUCCAAAGUUCACAAGGUAAAAAAAAAAAGAAAAAAAGAAAAAAAAGUCAUGUCACAAACAUGAUCACGGUGCAGCUGGCGCGAGUUGGGUAAGGUAAGGUGCCAUGGAUGAAACAGCUUCUGGCUAUUUUGUUGGGCAGCAGGUGGCUCAUUAUCAUCUGUCUUCAUUUACUAGGUCAAAUAAGACAUACUGCAGGAAAGAUAGGAAGUUCAGAUUCAUCAUUCAUUCAUCCGAGAAGAGCUCUCCAGAAUAAAUAAAUCAAAUCAAUACCCUUACCUGCAAAAAUCACCAAUUUUGCUGUUAUUUAUGAACUGAAAGAGACAGUGUAUUACGACAGUGAUACUGUUUAAUGACUCUGGGAAGAAAGACAUAAAGUGAGGUGAGGAAAAAGGUUUAUAAUAUAUCAGUGGUAAUAUUAAAACCACCUACAGCCCUCUAGCCCACAACAGGUGCAACAUGUUAUCAGUGACAGAUCUCUGUAAAGUCCACGAACACACUGCGGAAGCCGUAAAAAAGUUUGUUAUCCUGGAAUUUUGCUCCACUAAUUCUGUGACAACCUUUGCUGCUCACCAAUAUUGUACACAGAGCUACAUGUUGAAGAACAAAUACCCUUUUCAAACUACUUAUCACACAUUCAUUGCAUCUCCAGUGACUGACAUUUGAACAGUUUGCACUGAGGUGGAGCAGCAGUAAUGCAAUAAGUGUGCAGUGUGAUGGGGGGUAUCUAGUGUAGCUACAUGUCGGCUUAUGAUGGAGUAGGUCAACUUUUUAUCCCAUCACUUUAAAAAGAAAAUAUGCUAGUUACCUAUUAUCAGGGAAUAUGUUAUAUGGGAAGAUAUCAGCAUCCAUACCUUGAGAGGUUAUUUCAGAGCCAGAUAUAUCAAGACAUGAGGUAAUGUGAUCUGCUAAACCUGCAAGAAAUUGGUGUUGCCUGUCAAAAUGUAAUAUUCAGUUGCUUUCACAGUGGUUAAAUGGUUUGUUUGGAGGUGAUCUUUAAAGGUUCAAAGCCCUGUGGAGAACAGCAUCAGUUGUUUCAGCCAGUGCUCCAAAACAACACAUUUACGUUCCUCUAGCAGUUGUAGUAAUUAUAACAGGAGCAAAGGAGUUCGCCGUUCGCUUCUCAUUUCCUACUGAGCAAUGUUGGUUUCUUUUAUCCGUGACCAUGAUCGUCUCCUUACCCUAACCAUCUGUUUAUUACUGUGACCAUGACAAAGUUGACAUUUUAACCCAAACGAUGAUCAUUCCCUAACCCAAACCUUUUGGUGUCUAAACGUAACCAAACAAUGGUUAAAGAUUUAUUUUUAUUUUUCAAACAGAGAUUUGUAACUGUUUAGGAAGGAACAGAAAAAAUAUGUCAUCCUGUCGAUAGAGGCGUCAGAUCAGAAGACGCUUAUCUAUCGUUCUAGAGGUUUUUGAACAAACGUUUAACCAUCAGAUUUGGGGAACUUGUUGUAUUGUCAAGUCUUGUGUCGAAUACAUGAACUCUGAACAUCAAUAAUACCAUGAUCUCAACCUCAUGUGCAUCGAGACAUCUGAUUAGUUAUUCAGUCAAGGCAGAGAAUACUUUUUUGGCGCCUUUGGCAUGCCUGCUUCCUGCUUCCCGACUUUUCAAAUUUGAACGACUUAAAGGUUCAAAUUCAUUUUGAGGUUUUCAUCAUCAUUUUACAGCCUUUUCUUUUGUAAUAAAUGUGUAUGGGAAAAGUCAUUUGGGGCCAGUGCGCGGCAAGUGACCUGCUAUAUAACUGUGGCCACUUAGCCAAAACUGCCUUCCAGCUCAGUGUUGCUCCUGGGGGCUUGUAGUAUGCACUACACAUUUGCAAUUCCGCCCUCUGCAGUCAAUAGGAAAAUAUAACGUGUAACCUGUGUGCUUAUGAGAUAUAUAUAUAUAAUGUGUGUGUCCUCAUGCGCAUUAAGAAGACCCACACAUCCAAACAGUGAUCCAUAUCACCACUAGUGGUCACGUCACUGGGUACGUUUAACUUUAACUCUAGCUGUGGGGUCGUCAGGCUUAUUUUAAUAUUUGAGCUUUCACAUAAACAUUCAUUUGACAUUUUGACAUUUCUUAAAAGUGGGGUAAGCGAUUCUGGAGAAAUCCAAACAGCUCGACAAAUACCUUGAUAGAGAGUGAACAAAGACACAGCAAGUAAUGUAUCGUUAGCUAGUCUAUGGGUUACCAAACUGUCGUUACAGUUGCUGCUCCGAGGCUAACCAGCAGAGAGCACGAGACGGCCCCAGAGCCAGCACAGCAGCUCCAGACAGCCAUACUCACAGCUCUCUUGCUGCUAUAGCUAACAUCACAACAACAGCAUAUCGUGGCAAACAAGAAAGUAAUCUGAAUGUCUGUGGCGAGUCAUUUAACGUUCCCUGACAGACAAAUCACGGCUGGAAUAGUGUUGUGUGGCUCGGGCCAAGCCACUUUGUUUGCUUCCCAUUUACAGAGUCAGGGCUGUGUACAAACACUUUUGUUUUUCGAGGAAUUUCACAAAAAGCUGUGUACUGGAUUGGAAUCGCACACCCCACCUUUAAGUUAUAUGUCUCUUUGAGGAGUCCCAUCAAGCUUACUACUGUGCUAAAUUGCCAGCUGAGCAUGAUUGCUCACUGAAAUUUCCGACUUUUGAAACUUUGUAUUGUUGUGGAUAAAGAAUAUCUCUAUAUUUGUUUCUGAUGGUACAGCACAGGCAUCCUUGGUUAGUUUUUUUCAGUCUUGCAUUAAAUUGUACAGCACAUUACACGUCAGCCUCUGGUGGUACAUCUCUCUUUGUUUUGAGGCUUGAGUCAGACUCUUCAGUCGGGCCGAGAGACAUUUGAGUAUUUGAAGCCACUCCAGAGUCACUUUGAGGGGUUUCCUCUCGUGCAAGGGUAGGGUGGUUCGCCCUGCUGCGACGCAAUGACUUUAACAGCAGGGGCUGGAGGGAGCGUGCAGAGGCGGCACCAUGCACAGUUCGCUUGUUGAUGUGUUCGAUGGUGAGGUGGCACCGCAGCACCUGGACAAAAACCUCCCUGAACUGUCUGGAGGAGAGGUUGUAGAGAAAUGGGUUGAGGACAGAGCUGAGGUAGAAGAAGGAGUCGGCCACAGGGUGGAGAGUAACGUAGCUCCGGAAGUAGGAAACACUCCACUGGGACUUGGGCAAGGCAGCCAUCAUAAGACGACGAAUCUGGUUGGGAAGCCAGCACACCAUCAAGGAUACCACGAUGAGACC